CUGUCUCUUUAAAUUUACCCAGGAGCCCCUAAAGGAGCCCCAGGGGCCCCUAGCUCGGCUCUCCACCCUGAAGACAAGCAGAACAUCUAAAUACAAACAGGAGACCGCUUAAAGUCACCGACCAUUUGACAGAUCUGCACUCCAACUUCGAUCUAAAUGCGACUCGUAUCGUCACGUAAAGUUAAGUUUACUUAAACCAAAAAGCAAACAGCGGUGAGGCUUCAGUGCAGAGACAGACACUGCACACACUGUAAUGGGUAUGGAUGAAGCGGAGUCCAAAGAGUCGGUGCACAAAGCUGAGCAGACAGAAUCUCGCUCAUUAAUAAUAAAAGCUGAGGAAGAGGAGGCGACACCGCAGCGGGGACACUUGGGGGACCUCUCAGCAGGUCAAGAGGACGUGACCAAUGGUCUCACAUCUCAUGACAGCCAGGACGCUCCUGUCACCUCUGUAUGCUCCCCAGGUACCAAUUACUGGUGUGUCUCUGAGAGUGCAGACUCGCCUUUCCUUCUGUCUCCCAUCCCAGGACCAUCUACAAAGGACCCCCCUCCAGUAAAGCACACACCUGGCCGAGACCACCGGCGCUAUUACCAUGAAUACUGGCGCAGCGAGUACCUCAUGGACUUCGACCCACAGAGACGAGGGAUGAUCUGCAUGGUGUGUGGCAGUUCACUGGCAACCCUGAAGUUAAGCACCAUCAAGAGGCACAUCAAUCAGAAGCAUCCGUACUCCCUGCUGUGGACCGAGUCAGAUAAAGAUGUGAUCCGGUCGGGAUGGGAGAGUCAUUUGAAUCGAGAAAACAGCCAGGGGCCGUCAUGUCCCACUCCAGAUAUUCCUCCAGAGUCACAGGAGAUUCUGGAUGUUAACAGGCACUCCGCAGGCAAGCCUGGUGGUUCCAUCUCUCCAGUGCUUCAGGCCCAGUCUGGCAUUAGCAGGGUCACGCCAUCCCCUCCGACCUCCUCGGUCCAGGAGCUCCCAGGCCCCACAGCUCAGGUGAUGGAGCGCUACCUGAACGACUCGCUGCACGCCUGGUUCCGCCAGGAGUUCCUGAUGGAAUACCAGGCGGAGGAGGGCCGUCUAGUAUGCAUGGUAUGCAGCGGUCUGUUGCCUUCACUGCACCUGGAUCACAUUAAAAGUCACAUGCUGGAUCUGCACCCAAACUCUCUGCUGUACAGCGCUGAGGAAAAGCACUCCAUCCUGCAGAUCUGGGCUAAGAUGCACGGUGAAGAAUCCCAUUCUUUACAACCUCAAGUCAAAUCGGAACAACAUACCAAAGAAAUAAACUUAGAUGGUUCAGCCUCAUUCAUCCCUCUGAAUGUGGAUCCCAUUCAGGGAAACUUGGUGAGCUACAUAAGAGGAGAUGAGAAUCCACCUGACACUGGUCAGAGAGCCCAGUCUUUACCUUAUUAUCCCAGAAAGAGAAGACUGAAAUACGGCAGCCCCUGGCGUCUCCGCCUGGAUUAUUUAGUGGCAUACGGUCCUCCGGAAAACCCGCUCUGCUACUGUAUGGUGUGUUCUGAACACAUGCCUGUGCCGAGGGUCAGCAACUUCCGCAAGCACAUCCAGAAGUGCCAUCCGGAGACAAGCAGCCUCAGCAGAAGUGAGAGAGAUGCUGUGGUCAGUGCUUGGAUAAAGGAGGAGAAUAUCGACAAGGCUACACCGAAAGAGGAUGACUCAGAAAGUGGCCCUGUCACUACAAACGCUGCUGGUGACACUCAGGUGUCUCCUGUGAAAACCACAGAGCAAGGAGGUGAAACAGAAGACAAUAAUAGCACAAAUAUCACACCGUCAACGCAGACGCCUGCACGGCACAGGCACUACCCGGGGAAGGACCAGCGGCGCAAUUACCAGGCCCGCUGGAAGAUGGACUUCCUGAUGGACUACGACUGCAAGAAGCACGGAUUGAUCUGCAUGGUGUGUGGCGCUACGCUCGCAACGCUAAAGGUCAGCACCAUUAAGAGACACAUCCUACAAGUGCACCCUCACUCGCUGGACUACAACCCAGAAGAGAGGCAGCUGGUCCUGCUUUGCUACAACCAGAUCUCAGCGCACUUUCAUUCGGAUGACUGUUUUUCGGGUUCGAACCACGGCCAUAAAGAGAAUGCUAACGGUAAUGCUUAUGUUAAUACCGAAUGCACUACGAGCCAGAGCACUUAAUUGAAAGA